CAUACGACACCAGUGGUUAAAUCUAUAUCUUCUGAAGUGAUGCAAUCACUUUGGGUGAUAAACAGAUCAAUAUUUCAAUCUCUACUUUCACUUUUAGAAUGUGAAAGUGAAAGAGUAGAUUUAUAGUAAAACAAAGGACUUAAAUAUUGAUCUGUUUCUCACCCACACCUAUUAUAUAGCUUCUGAAGACAUCGAUUUAACCACUGGCGUCGUAUGGAUUACUUUUAUGCUGCCUUUAUGUGCUUUUUGGACCUUCAUAGUUCUCGUUACCAUUAGGGAUGUGCGCUAGGACUAAUUUGACUGUCGUUUAAACGGAAGUUUUGUAACCGACAGGUCUAAAGAGAAACCAACCUUCAGAAAACAGUAAAAAAAGAAGUGUUUAUGCGACCCAUUUAAAAUACUUAAUCUAUUCCAAAUCCGAUGCUAAAUUCCACUGAAAAGGGGCAUUUAUCUGCGACGUCCUCGCCUUGAAUUAUGAUCAUUGUACAUUAAAUAUAGAACAUGACAUGCAUUCACUGAAUCAACAUUAGCGAAUAUUUAACAGACGUAUUUAUUGAAAACAAUUGAAUGAAUAGUGCAGGAUCAAUGGAACAACCAUUAAAAGUCUGUUCUAAACGGAAAUCACGGAAUUGGGCAAUUGUUUAUUAAUUUUUUGUUAUCUCUUAGAUCAAAAACUAAUGUUAACGGAAAGUAAAAGUUACUUAACAUAUUAAAACAGUCAGGACAUAAUUGAAAAUAAUUAACAGGUAAGCCAAAUCUACGAGAGAGAAAAAAAUGCGCUGAAAAGUUGCGCGUAUUUCACGACGUGCAGUCAUGCAUAAACCAUUGAUCUAAUGUGACAGCUGUUCGGUAAAGAACGUUAACCAAUAACAGUUACGAUGUAAAAAAAAAAUAGCUAUAGGAUAGAAAAAAUAGGCCUGUGAUAUAGCCUACAAUAAACCUAAUGUAUUCUAAACAUGACUUGCACACAGAAUAAAAUAUAGUUUAAACCAUUCAGCAGUAGGCACCUCGUUGAAAAUAGCCUUCUUAAUCAGCAGAUUAAAAAAUGGCAUACCUAGCCUAUUUUCUAGACUACUUACUCAAAAGCAUAAUUUUUUGGAUGAGCAAAAUUAACCCAUCGACAUGGUCCGGUGAAAGACGGGACUUGACUCACCUGAGGCAUCUAUCCUACGCUUGAUAAAGCCCAGCUCAGUGGAAAAAUAACGUACAAGCAUGCACAGAUGUAAAGAAGACUCAAAUGUGAAAACAUCCUUAGGGACUUUCAAACAUUUGGAAAGCCAAUUCCCGCACCACCGAAGUGAUUUCAUAACUACUUUGCUGAGUUUGCUUGUCUAGUGAGAGGACGUUUUCCUGCGCGCGCAGUGAGUGAGAGAGGGAAGAAGCACGCGCAGCCUGAGGUGAAAUUAAACUCUGUAUCUGCUCCAGAUAUCCUCUUUUUAAAUAAUAUUUGUAUUAUUAAUUCUAUUUAAAAUAUGUAACAUUAAUAUGACAGUAAUUUAAGUGCAGCUUCUGUAAAAAUAUAAAGCCAAACGUAAAUGUGUGAAAAUUAUUAUCAGUUUAAUGGGGGGAAAUAUUAACCGACUAGUAAUUCCAGUGUCGACUAGCAGCAUCAGAACCGUUUAGUCAUCUAGUGGACUAGUCUUACACAUCCCUAGUUACCAUUCACUUGCAUUGUAUGGACUUAGAGCGGAAAUAUUUUUUCUAAAAAUCUCAGUUUGUGCUCUUCAGAAGACAGAAAUUCACAUCUAGGAUGGCAUGAGGGUGAAUAAAAUAUUAGAUCAUUUUCAUUUUUUGGUGAACUAUCCCUUUAAACCUCUUACUACCACACACCUGAGAGGAUAGUAUUAUCUUUUACCUGUUAGAAUUUCAGCUCUGUAUACACAUUGAUGAGAAAUUAGAGAACAUCAGUUUUAGGGGGCAAUUUUUAAAUGUUCUUACUCCUCUUUCAUUGUGAGUAAAUCAUUAUUUCUGAAUGACCAUGAAAGGAAACUUUGCUUGUUGUAAUUAUUGAUUUGUCUACCUUCAAUAAUGUAUUUUGGGACAUCCUAGGAUGUAAGGUCACAGUGAAAAUCAGGCAAACAUGCAAGGUGAUCAGCAGGGGACAGAUGUAACACUGUGUUACAACUGUACUCGUCCCAUAAGAAACAUGGUUGCCAAUGUUUAGUGUUUUUUUUUUGUUGUUGUUUUUUCUCCAUUCAGUUAGAAAGCUUAGAUAAGUGAGCAAAAGAUAGAUACACUGCCUGGCCAAAAAAUAAAUAAAUAAAUAAAUAUUUUGUUGGGCCGCUUUUAGCUUUGAUUACAGCGCGUAUUUGUCGUGGCAUUGUUCCGACACACUUAUGCAACGUCACAACAUUUAUUUCCAUCCAGAGUUGCAUUAAUUUUUGGCCGAGAUCUUGUAUUGAUGAUAGUCAAUCCACUCCGUAAAGUCUUCUCUAGCACAUCCUAAAGACUUUUAAUGGGUUUAAGGUCAGGACGGUCGUCCUGGAAUAUGCCCAUGCUGUCAGGGAAGAAAAAAUCCAUUGACGGGAUAACCUGGUCAUUCAGUACAUUUAGGUAGUCAGCUGACUUCAUUGUAUUGCCAUAUAACAUUGCUGAGUCUAGACCUGACCAAUUGAAGCAACACCAGAUCACGACAUUGCCUCCAGAGUCUUGUACAGUGGGCACUACACAUGACGGGUGCAUCGCUUCAUGCACUUCCCAUUCUUACCCUGAUGCACCCAUCGCUUUGGAAUAGGGUAAAUCUGGACUCCACAUGACCUUUUUCCAUUGCUCCACAGUCCAAUCUUUAUGCUCCCUAGCAAAUUGAAGACGUUUUUUCCAAUUAGCCUCACUAACAAAUGGCUUUCUUGUGGCCACACAGCUGUUUAGUCCCAAUCCUGUAAGUUCUCGUCGCAUUGUGUGUGUGGAAAUGCUCUUUCACUAUUACACACAGCCGUGAGUUCUACUGUCGAUUUUGUACAAUGUGAUUUCAAGCGUUUUAGUGAUCUCUGAUUCAAGAUUUUUUUCCGACCACAUUUCUUCUGUGAAGCUGACGGUUCACCACUAUCCUUCCAGGUUUUAAUAAUGUGUUGGACAGUUCUUAACCCAAUUCCAGUGAUUUCAGUAAUCUCCUUAGCCGUUUUCUUUGCUUGAUGCAGGCCAAUAAUUUGCCUCUUCUGAUACACAUUAACAUCUUUUCCAAGCCCACGGGAUACGUCUUCCGACAUGGUUGAUUAAGAAAUGAGAAGCUACACACUGCAUCAGUUAGGGUUAAAAGAAUUGUUGCCAGCUGAAACAUAUUUAAUCACUGCAAUAAUGAUCCAAUCAUAGGCUCUUAAGUGUCUGCUUAUUUAAAUCCAAACUGCAAUUCUUUUUUUGUUUUUGUUUUUUGGCCAGGCAGUGUAGAUAGAUAUAAUUAUGCUGUGUAAAUGUAUGAUUGUAAAUGAGUAUUUUGGUUUGUUUGCAUGUAUGUUCAUAUCACAGGAUGCCCAGCUGAUGUGUUAGAAUUGAUACAUAUGCAAGCAUUAGAAAUAUUUGAAAAUAAUCACAGAGUAUAAAAUGUGUCAGUAUAUUUAACUUAAGUUAUGCAUAAUGCCUUAUUUAGCACAUUAACUGUCUCGGGGAAGUGUUACAACAGCAAAACAAAAGCGCUCCUUGUCUUCAAAAAUGUAUCGUAGUAAAUAGGAACAAUGUAUGCAGGUUGUUGGCAUUUAUUUUGUUAGUAGACAAUUAAAGGUCUCUCAUUUGAAAAAAAAAAAAAUGCAUGUUUUUUUUUUCUGCUCUGUAUUUGUGCAGUACAGCAUAAAAGCAAAAAGUGUACUUAGUGUGCCCUAUUAUCCAAGAAGUCUGAAUACCUGAAACCCUCAUAAUUUGGCCUUCAAAGCAAGUGUAGUACUUUGACCUUCAAAUAUGCAGCCCAGGAAAGCCUUCAAGUUUCCUCUGAAAUUAGUACCACUUUAACACUUGGGUUCUGGGUUCCGGUCACGUGGCCAUGAAAUUCACAAGGGGUCUCUCUUUGGCUCUGCAAAGCCUCGGCGCAAUGCAUCCGAACUGUGCCGGUCCAAAGGGGGCAGAUGUGAGAUCCCGAGAGAGACGGGGACAACAAUUUAGAAAAGAAGGGAAAUCAGCCACAGGGAUUCCCGGUCCUGGUCAGGGAUGGCUUUGAAAAGGCACUCUUUCACAUAGCUGUCACAGGGGAAUCCACGGAUGUUGCCCAUAGCGCAACUGUAGAUGUGCGAGUGAAGAGACUUCUGCCGAUCUCGAGUCUGAACAAGUGAACCCUGGAUUAAAGUGACUGAUAUCUUUUGGGAAAAUAUGGUGUAAAGUACUGCACUCCAGUAGCGCCACUCACGUGCACGCCACUGCGAGCCAGAGAAGAGCGCUAUGCGGCAGCGGACAGCGCGCGACAGCAGAGGCACAGGCAUUUGCGCAGGAAAGGGGGUCGAUAUUAACAGGGGUGUCAAGUUCUACACAGAUAUGCCAACACAACAACUGUUAAAAAAGUUGAAAAACACUAUGACUCUUCAGACCAGAAAAUACAAGUUAUGGUUCAUCAAAAGCAAGAUCUGCAAGUUAAGCUUCCAGUGCAGAAGAUGACGUGGAAUAAAUAAGCUACCUGCUUGGAGUUUCUUCAAUUUUCUGUGCAACGAGUAUGCUACCGAAAGAACAACACAGUGAAGGCAAGGCAGCCAAAACCCCCCACUAUGAAAAAAAAGUAAAGUCAAUGGAGAAGGAAAAGGAGGAGGUUGUGUACGUGGACCCACCAGAUGGCGGUUGGGGUUGGAUGGUGGUUCUGCAUUGUUUCCUGGUGAAUGUGUUGGUAAUGGGCACACUGAAGAGCUUCGGGAUCUUCUUUGUGGCACUGCAGGAUGAGUUUGGAAGCUCGUCAGAGAGCAUCAGCUGGAUUGGAUCUAUUAUGUCCAGCCUCAGGCUCUCCGGAGGUCCGUUGGCUUCAGUGGCCUGUGCCAAGCUGGGCAACAGGGUUACCUCUCUACUGGGGGCAGUUCUCGUCAGCACCGGCUUUCUCACCAGCAUAUUUGCUAACAGCGUGGUGUACCUUUACAUUAGCAUGGGGCUGAUUGUAGGUCUUGGGUUUGCUCUUCUUUAUCAGGCCACAUCUGUUGUAAUAGUGACGUAUUUCCGAAAGAGGCUGGCAACUGCAUAUUCUAUUGGACGCUCUGGCAUGGGUCUGACCUUUGCCCUUGCUCCUUUCACUCAACUGCUUUUGGAUCAGUAUGCUUGGCAGGGAGCUCUGUUGAUUUUGGGUGGUCUGAUGCUGAACCUGGUGGCCUCUGGGAUGCUUCUGCGGCCCAUUAAUAUUAGACCUGCAGACUCUCCCACCUUAAACUCCAGCCUUCAUAAAGGCUCUCCUGGAACUGACAAAGACCCUCUUAAGAACAGCCUGAAUGGCAACACAUCUGUGUCCAAUGGCAUCUCCAAAAUGGACAGCACACCCUCCAUUCAGAGGGAUACCCUUAUCAUAGAGAACCCAGCACAUGGGCAGAACAUUCCCCCACAUUUGGAACUAACCAAACCCAUCCAGAAUGGGGUAAAUGGAACAGAUAGCAGCCAAAUUAACUCGUUCCCAGGGAUGAACUGGGUUUCUCCUGUGGAUACUUUACUUGAGAAGACCAGAACAGAAAAUCUCCCUGUAAAUCCCCAAAAAGUGUUUGACUUCUCGCUGUUGAAGAACCCUUUCUUUUGCAUCUACACCUGGUCGGUGAUCUUCAGUCAGCUGGCCUAUUUUAUCCCUUACUUCCAUUUGUCUGCAAGGGCCCGGAACUUGGGCAUCGACCCCAUGGAUGCUUCCUUCAUUAUCUCUGUGGCUGGUAUAACAGAGACAGUGGCCCAGCUCGCAUCUGGCUGGGUGACCGACAGGAAUCUGAUUCACAAAUAUCACUACCAUAAGGCCUACCUCAUCCUGUGCGGUGUUGUUAAUCUUCUGUCCCCUUUGGCCACUUCCUACAUUUUGCUCAUGGUCUACGCUGUCUUCUUUGCCAUCUUCUGUGGGGGGUACAUGGCCCUCAUACUUCCUGUGCUGGUGGACUUGGUGGGUUCUGAAAAGCUGAACAACUCGAUGGGUUUCUCCAUGUUCUUUGUGGGGCUUGGCUGUCUAACAGGUCCUCCUCUGGCAGGCUUCCUGUAUGACUACACUCAGACCUACGACUGCUCCUUCUAUCUAGCAGGUGUGUGUUACCUGUUAUCAUCAGUUUCUCUUUUCCUGGAGCCUGUGGCGAGACGCUGGCAAGCCAGAAAGAAACGACUGGAGACUCUGAAUGAAGAGUUGAUUAGGAGUAAUGGCUGUUUCUGCCCAAUACCUCAGAGAAAUGGUGUCGUAUAAGAAAAGGAAUGAACUCUAAGCCAUCUCAGUUUCCAUCACCCUCCGAGGACUGAACGGAAAAGGACCUGACCUGAACUUUUUGCUGGACCACAGCAUGGCAAAAAUGUAUGUUCAUUUGAAUGCAGAGAUUUCUUUAUGACCAACACUAUAUUAAACAAAAUGUUCACCCACAAAUAAAAAUUCUCUCAUUUACUCAUCUUCAUGCCAUCCCAGAUGUGUAUGACUUUCUUUGUUCGGCAGAACACAAAGAAGAUUUUUAGAAGAAUAUCUCAGCUCUGUAGGUCCACACAAUGCAAGUAAAUGGUGGACAAAACUUUGAAGCUCCAAAAAACACAUAAAGGCAGCAUUAAUCUAAUACAUAUUGUUUUAAUCCAUGUCUUCUGAAGCGAUCCAAUCGGUUUUGGGUGAGAACAGGCCGAAAUAUAACUCCUUUUUCCCUAUAAAUCUUGACAUCAGCAGUCUUGGCCAUCAUGAUUUCAAGCUUGAUUGCACUUCCUAGCACCAUCUAGCGCUCUGAGACUGCAGAUGUAAAGAUUUAUAGUGAAAAAGGAGUUACAUUUUGGUCUGUUCUCACCAAAAACCAAUUGAUCGCUUGAGAAGAAGACAUGGAUUAAACCACUGAAGUCUUAUGGAUUACUUUUAUGCUGCCUUUAUGUGCUUUUUGGAGCUUCACAUUUUUGGUCAUCAUUCACUUGCACAAUUUCACUGUCGAUCUACAAAGCUAUUGUUCUAAAUAGAUUUUCUUCUAAAAAAAUAUUUUUUGUGUGUUGAGCUGAAUAAAGAAAGUCAUGCACAUCUGGGAUGGCAUGAGGAUGAGUGAAUUUAAUUUUUUUUAUAUAUAAAUCAAAUUGACUUCUCAUGUCAAAGCACAAUGUUAAGCAUCCCUCGCUGCCACUCUUGUGUUUUCCUCAUCUUUAAAGUCAAUCAGACCAGCAAGAACAAAGUGAGGAGACUUUGUUACCAUUGGAGCAUUUGAGUUCUUUCACAGUUUAAUUUCAGCACAUAAUCAGUCUAACAUGGAUCUUUCUUCAGAAAAAUACUCAGAUGCUUCCACUGUGAUGAUGGUAUAUCCCAGACCACAGAAGACAUUAAGCCACAGCCACAAUAAAAAAAUGUAUGAAUGUCUUUGCAUUAUGUAACAAUAUAAAAACCAAGUUGUGCUUAUUUUAAAAGAAAUAUAGCACAAACACAUUUAUCAAGCAAACAUUUCACAAAAAAGUUCAAAUUAUCAAUCAAUAUAAAUGUAUUGCUCAAAAUGAAAAAAGUAUUUGGACACUUUCUGGAUGUCAAAUAUUAUUUUCACCUGUGUGAACUUAAGGGGAGCUGACUUAAUACAUCCACCAAAAUCACUUUGGGACCAGUUAACCAGUAAAAUGAUUCACACAAGUUGGUUCUAAGAAAAGAACUAGCAUUUAGAUGCCAUUUGGUUUGAUAUUUUGUUAUCCAUUGCAAAGAAAUGCAUACAUUUAAAAUGUAAAGUAAGUCUCCAAAAGUGCCCAACUAUUUUUGGGACCACUCUAUACUAGAACUUAAUAAGGAGAAAGUUGCAUGUGUUCAUUUACAAAAAACAUAUUUUGUCAAAUGGUGGUAAUAAGCCCAUAAAGAUGGCUGCAGGGCUGUCACAUGAGGGUGCUUCCUUUGUCCAAAUUUAAUGCCUAUAUAUUAACUGUUCAUUUUGAGGUGGGGUAAAAUGACUGACAGCAACAUGGACAAACAUGUAUUGAUGGAUAAAAUUUUUGGCAUUAGUGCCCCAAUUGGAAGAUGUUUUGGAUCUCAAUAUUCCAGACCUAGGCUUUUUCUUUUUUCUUGCUGGUGCCAAAUCAGUCAUACUGCUGUUCACUACUGACAACAACCAAGAAAUUUGCAGCUGCAUUCAGUUGCAAAAAUUAGGACAGUUAACUUGUGGGUUCACAUGUUGUGUACCUGUACUGGAGGCCCUGAUGGUGAGAGUUUAUAUGGGGAAUUAUUUUAUAUAGUUUCCUAUAUUUCUGUCAGUUUAAUUUUUACAUUUUGGUACAACUCAAUAUCCUACAGUGCAACUACAGUAUGUUUAUCACCACUAUUUGCCUUUGAACACAAUGACAGUGUUAACUAUCCUGUAAUGAGAGUCAAAGAUGGAACAGUGAUAUCGGCCUAAUUAAUGAAUCUAUGCAUUACUGCAUUUGAACUUGCAGACAUAUACACUAGUUUCAGCUCACACGUUGCAGUUCUGCCUGGUGGUGAGGUUCUAUGUUAGCUACUGCUCUCUAGCGGCACAAUGUACUGCCAUUGGAAUGCUGUACCAGUUAACACUGUAAUUGUCCAGUUCUGGAAUAUCCAGUUCUUUCCUUUCAUCAGCAAAGUCAUAAUUUUAUAAUGAGAGUGAGCAAAACACGCACAAAUGCAACAAUUUAACAAAAUGGAAAACAUUCUUGGAAAGCGUCUAAUAGAAACAUCACAAAGAAUGAGUAAGGCAUGCUCUGGGCAUUGAAAUAAUUGUUACCUUAAAUUGUUUUCAAGAUUUGUGAUGCAUCCAGAAAGCUUUUCAUUAUUAUCACUUUUGAUUUAUCAAUAAAGACAGGGUUCUUUGGAGAAAUGGUUUAGAAGUAAACUUGUAUUUCAGUAAUUUUUUAUUAAGUCAAAUGUUUGUAAACUCAAAAGCUAGCCUUAAGACAAUUAAGGGGACAUAAUAACAUCCUCUUAAUGUCAGUGACAGAGAUCACACCAGCUAUAAUGUACUGUUAUCAAAUUUAAUCGUUUAUGUUUUUACUUUUGUUGAAGGUUUUGGAUUAUUUUUGUUGACAACUCUCACAAUUGUCAAGUUUUUCCACAACUGCAAUUAAAGCAAGCAGUGUAUUUGAAAGUCAUCCUGUAAAGCUUUUUUUAAUUCCUGGGAGAUGUUCUCUUGGCUAUAAAGGGCAAAGUGUAAGAACACCAUGUCUGUCUCUAUUACACCAUGUCUAUGUCUAUCUCACCAUGUCUGAACUCCAUUAAUUAUCUUAAAUAUUGAAAGAAAA